CUGACCUUCAAGUGGAGGAAAUUUAAAACUGUGAAUUAUGUUGACCUUGCAUUGCACUUCAUUACUGAGCUGAAGAAACUCCUGUUUCUUCUAGUAAUUCCUGCAACCAUGGACUGUUUGGUUUAAUUUGUUUGUGAUGAAUUAUUUUAUCAUUCAAAAUCGAGACUAUGAAGCGUAAUUUUUCGCUUGUUUGUUAAAUAUUUUGAUGAUUUUUGGAUGAACAUGCAAUGAAUAUUAAUUGGUAGGACUCAUUAAGAAAAUACCGUCGGUAAAGAGAUAAAAUCGUAACAACUGUUCCAAUAAAUCGAAAGUAACGACAUAGUUGACCAAAGCAUUUUGGAUUUUUAUAAACAGUUAGACAUAUUUUGGUAUAAUCACUGGUCAGAGUGUUUGAGACGGCUUAAUAGAACUAGUUCCUUUAAGUUUCAACUUCGCUGCAUUUUGAGAGCGAAAUAUGAGAUGUACCAUAUCAGCUACAGUACAAAGAGUGAAAACAAAGACUUUUACUAAGUCUUUAACAUGAUGAAACAAUUAAUGCUUUCGGUUGAAGUAUAUUCCGGAAUAAGACUAAAAGAAAGGUCGAAAUCACUAAGCUACGAUGUUCAUGAAGAAAAUUGCAUGUACCUGAAUCAGUUAAAGCAUCUGCAUGAUCAAAAACGUCUUACUAUAUUAUAAUAUCCUAUUAUCACUUCGCAGUUCUUAAUAAUGACUUAUUCACGUACUAUUUGUAGUGUUCUUCCACUACAAAUAGUUUUUCAAGCUGACAAUUUGACACUAACUUCAACCGUGAUGGAUGUAAUACAAUCACUUGGAAACUUCAGCGAAAAGCUUUAUAGGGAGAUUUUGAAAAGAAACAAGGGUUAUUUGGAGAAUACAUUUCUCUCCCCUUUCAAUAUCUAUACUGCCCUCGGAAUGAUCCUCUGUGGAAGUGCAAACAAUAGGAAUGCUGAGUUGAUAAAAGCGAUGCAGUUAUCUGAUUGCUUGGAACAGGAAAUAAUCCACAGCGCGAUUGGUGAACUUCUGGCUGAUCUUUCGAAGUCUGAUGAGAGUGUUGAGAUAAUCACUGGAAAUAGAAUCUAUGUAAAUGAAGAUGUGCAGAUUGAGAAACGAUUUAGAAAUAUCAUCAAGCAGCAUUACAAUGCACUGACUGAGCAUGUUGCGUUUCAUACAGAUCCUGAAUGUGCUCGAGAUCGAAUUAAUCAGUGGGUUAGUGAACAAACCAACGGAACAAUCCAGGAACUGAUCCCACGUGUGGCUAUAUCGCAAGAAACGUCAGCUGUUGUGCUAUCCACUACAUACUUUAAAGGUUUAUGGGGUCCACAUUUCCGUAAGGAGGAUUCACAUGACAGCGAUUUCUUCAAACUUGACGGAUCAACAAUGAACGUGAAGUUAAUGUAUAAUCUAUCCUGUUUCAGUAUGGUCAUCUUACCAGAUUUGGGAUCGCGAGCUAUCAAGAUACCAUUUAAAGAUCCGAAAUUGAUGAGGAAGGUGUCGUAGCUGCUGCAGCAACGGUGUAUAUGCUCGAUGGAUGUGACUCUGAAUCUCCCGAAUCUGAGGUAGAAUUUCGUGUUGAUCAUUCAUUCUUCGUUUCGAUUAUCUGGAAUAAUACUCUACCAAUAUUUCUGGGACACGUUACGACUCCAGUGAAUGACUAGUGUGGUAUGAUAUACGAAGAAACCUUCCAGAACAAUGAUUUUUGUGCUUACUAAAUUAUAUCAAACUGCAUAUUUUGAACUUCACUAUUCCUUGACUAAUAAAUAAAAAAUAAUUUUAAAAAACGGUGAUAAUUUUAUCUAUACACCGUCACAAGUGCUCUCUAUAUUUAAUCAGUGUUCUGACAAACGUAUUCUUAUGUGUAUUCC